AUGUCCGCGCCAAGAGGCGAACGUGUGGCCGUGGCAGGUGAUACAAAUCGGUCUCUCACGUCUUCUCCGCCUGAUGAUAUAUUAUCCGAGCUAACCAGUCAUGUCUCACGGAGUGCCAUCACCUCGUAUGGGGCGCGCAUGCCGAAGGAAAGCUCUGAGUCCGUUCUCCUUAGGCGGCGCAUGGAGGUGAUGAAAACCGCAGCUGCCAUACACGCCAAUGAGGACAUCUUUGGUGGCGCUCACGUAUCAAAACACGUUCGUGCCCUCCCGCAGAUGAAGCCUGCACGCCGAGAUAAGACCCGCAAGCCCCUUUACCCGACCACCUUCACCAAUCGAUACAAGACGAUAGCGGAUUUGAAGGCCGAAGAUGGCACCCAACAGGCCGCAGGCCAACUCCAGAGAAGCUCACUCGUGCGCGACGCUUCAGGUUCGCUGGUACCUACUGAGUCACUUCACGGUAUCGCUAUCACAGGUAGCGAUCCUCGACAAGCGGUGACGGAGAAGUACCGGGCGGCACUGGUCACUUACCGGCAGCAUGUCUUCACGCGUAUUGAGCACUCCAUUAUGAGUUUCAGCCAUUCUCUCGGGGCGGUCAAACCUUACGCAAUGAGCCGAGCCGCAAAGUUGGGUACGCGACACUGCUUUGCUGAUCUUCCUCAUGACACAAAUGAUCGCUACGUGGAUCGAAUGCAAUGCUACCGCCCUUCUAAAGGCCUUUACACUUACUACUAA